UGCAGUACCAGACCUGGUGUCGAGUGUUGGAGCAGCAAGUGAAAACUGGAGGGGGAUCCCUUCCGGGCAGGUGGAAAGCCACAGCAGACCGCAGCCUGGAGAAAGCACUGCUUCAGGUGGAAGAGGAGCAGCAAAGGUGUGAGAAUCUGGCAGAAGUGAACGCUCUCCUGCGGGAGCACCUUGAUAAAGCCAAUGAGGUUAAUUCUGCCCUCAAAGAAGAUGUUGGGAAACUGACAGCGGAUUGGAUGAGGGCCCGGGAGGAGCUGGAGUUGAAGGAGAGUGAAUGGCGCAGUGAACGUGAGCUUUAUGACAGUCACUUAAGGGGGGAACAUAACCGCCUGCUCAGCCUGUGGCGGCAGGUGGUGACCUUCCGCCGCCAUUUUCUGGAAAUGAAGACUGCCACAGACCGAGAUUUGUCAGAGCUGAAGGCAGAACAAAUGAGGCUUUCUGGAUCUAUUCUUGUGAACUGCUCCCGCCUGAACUCCUGUGUGCAGCUCAGGAAGUCCAUCCCUCUGGGUAAACCUGUCCAGAAGGAUCAGGCAGAGCAGCAAGUGGAACCAAAAAUAAACCAGACAGCUGAGGAAGUGGUAGCCUUACAAGUCAGGUGGGACAUGGAGAAGAAAGAGCUUCAGGACAGGGUGAUGGAGCUCUCAGCCUUGCUUGUACAGUCUCAGAAGCAGAACGAGGAGAAGGAGAAGACCAUGAAAACACUUAACGACACAGUGGAGAUUCUAGAAUCAAGCUGGAUAGAGAAAGAAUUUGCAGCUUCAUUGACUAACAGUGCCAAAGAAGAGAAUCUUUUACUUCAAAAGCUCAUUAAAAAUAUCACUGAGAUGGUGCUAGAUGACAGUGACAGCAUGGUCAGCAUUAUUUGCACUGACAGUUCCCAGCAUGCAGUCUCUGGGGACAUCUUCUCAGCUCCGAGAUCUGUUGAUGCAGGACAUGCCUUUGGAUUGGUUCUGGAGGCACUGGCAAGGAUGCGAGGGGCAACACAGGCCUUGAGAGAAGAGCUUUCUGCUAGGCAGGACUCAAACAACAUUCUGCUGCAGCAGCAGAGACAUCAGGAAGAGAAGUGCAGGGAGGUGCAGCAAAGGCUUGAGCAACUGGAGGAGAAAUGCAAGAAGUCCAGCAGCCACCAACAGCACCUUCAGUCUUUAGUAGAAACACUCAGAAGUGACUGUGCAAACCUCGAGAAAACUAGGGAAGAGUUACAGGAACAGCUUGGAUUAAUGGAGCAAGAAGCCUCAUGUCUGCGUCAGAGUAACGCUGAGCUGCAGAUGAAGGAAGAGUCAGCCCUUGCAGAAAAGGCAGAGCAGCAGGACAGGAUGGAGAGAGCACUCCAUGAGCAGGAGCUCCUAGUGAAGGAUUUGGCUGCACUUGAGGAAAAGCACUCAUCAUUGCAGAGCGAGCUGAUUGCCAAGAGACAGACACUGGAGAAAUUGCAGCUUCAGAAGGAUCUGCUGGAGCAAGAGAAGGAUGAGUUUGCCAUGGCUCUGGAGAAGGCAGAGCGGUCAGUGGCAGAGCUUAUGGGGACUCAGAACAAGAUGAAUGCUGAAAGAGCUGAUCUACAGGCUGCAGCAGCAAAAAUGAGCAGCAUCAAUGAAGCUCUUGCAUUGGACAAAGUGCAGCUGAACAAAUGUGUGUGGCAGCUGGAGCAAGAGAAGGAAGUUUUGUCUGCUAAAGUGGGUGAGAUGGAGAGAGCAAGGAUCUGUGAGCAGGAGAAGCUGAACUUCUGUGAAAGAGCAAACAAAGAGCUCUGUGCAGAGAAAGCCCAGCUAGAGCAACUGCUGAAGGAAGCAGAGGAGCAACAGGAGAAGCUGUGGUUAGAGCUUAGGACACUGGAAGAGGAGAAAGCAGAAACCCAGGAGAAAUUCCAUCAGGUUUCCCAGGAGCAAGAGUCAUCGAGCAGGGCCCUGGAGCAGCUGCGCCAGCAAUCCUCUGGCCAAGGGCACGCACUGGCCCAGGUGUGCAGAGAGAAGGAGCUGCUGGGCCAGGAGAAGGCUGCCCUUGAGGGACGACUGGCAGCUACAGAGCGCCAUCAACAUGACCUUUCCAAGCAGCUGACAGAGACCAGGUCAGCAAAGGAGAGCCUGGAAUCCAGCCUGUUUGCUGCUCAGCAGCAGAUAUCUCAGCUAGAGAUCACCAGGAACCAUCUGGAGGCUCAAGUGCUCACAGUCAGGGAGGCCAAAGAAGUGAUACAAGGAGAAGUGAAAUGCCUGCUACAAGAGCUGGAAGCAGAGAGAGCUCUCAGGAGAAAGGAACAGGAAGAGAGAGCUCAGCAGCUCUUGCAGGCAGAGCAGCAUCAUGAAAGCCUCAGGCUUCAGGGAACAGCUCAGCAAAUGGAAAUAAACAAGCUCCUGCAAGACCUGGUAGGGGACAAUAUGCUUCUGAAUUGUCCAAGCUGGGCCUGUGGGAAGAACCCUCUGCUCUUUGCUUCUGUGCAGGUGCUGCAGGAAGAGCAGAAUGAGAAGAGGGCUUUAACAGAGACACUGCUCCAAACUCGGGGACAGCUCAGCCAAGCGUGCCAGCAGGUCCAGCAGCUCAGGCAGGAGGUGAAAGAGCAGCAAGAGAAGGGACAGACCAUCAAGGCAAAGCUGCAAGCUGAGCUGCAGGAAGCUCACAAUGAAAUGCUGGCAGUGCAGAGGAGGCACAAGGAAGAACUUCAGGGCAUCAGAGAGGAGAUGAAUGUCCUCCUUGAGCAGAGGGAUGCUCUGCAAAAGCAGGUGGAAGAGUUGACAUCUCAGCUGGCAGCCUCCCGAGAGUUCCUGGAAAGCAGAGUCCAGAGAGCCCAGCAAGAUGUGAGCGAGGCCCAGGCACAGUCAAGGCAGAAGCAAUUGGAGGCUGAACACAUCCAGAAGAGGCUGGAGGAGGCAGAACAUCAGAAGAAUGAGCUGCAAGUGUACCUGCAGAAUGUGGAGCAAGAAUGGAGUCAAUGGGAAGAAGUGUCACGCCAGAAUUCAGAAUUGCAUGCUUUUGUGCGUGCCCUAAAGAGGGAAAGAACCAGUGGUCAACUCCACCACUCCUCUGAGGCACCCAAGGGAUACAAAUGUCUCUCAUGGCCAUCUGUUUCCUUGUUCCACAGGCUGACUCUGUCUCUGGAAGAAAAGGACCUGAGCCUCAGAACCCUGGAAGAAAACAACCUGGCCCAGAUCAAUCAGGUGUCUCAGCUUCGUUCUGCCCUUAACCAGGCUGAGGAGCUCCACUCAGAGCAUAAAAGAGAACUGCAGGAGCUCAACACCCAGAUCCAGGCCCUGCAGGAUGCAGUGACAGAGAAGGCAGCUCAGCAGGACACUCGAGAGAAGGAGCUGCUGCAGGAGCUGGAAAAGUCCCAAGCAGGAGAACAGAGCUUGAGGGACGCUGUGCAUGUGCUGCAGGUUGAGAUGUCUGAGCUGCGUCUGAGGCUCCAGAGCUCUGAGGAAAAAGCAGAGGCCAUGGCCACACAGUGUCAACAGGCCAGUGGUGCCCACCAGGAAACUCAAUCCCAGCUGGACAAACUGCUCUUGGUUCUCUACCACAUGAUCAGGGACAGCAGAGACUUGAUCACUUGGAGCUCAGAAGGGGGUCAUGUCAUGGGCCUAACUGAUUAUCAGGCCGGGGAUGUCCCUGCAGACCUCACGGUGGACAGAGUGACAGCAGCUCUGCAAGACCUGCAGCAGCACCUGGAGCAUUCCCAGAAAGAUCUGAAUGAUGCAAGGAAGAAGAUACAGGCCUUGGAGCUGGAGCUGGGUACAGGGCAGGCUCAGAUGGACAAUCUCAGAGCCAGCAGUCAGAAGCUGCAGAAGGAGUUGGAUGAAAGUCAGGCAGCAUUAUGGAGGGCAGAACAGCAGAAGACCUCUCUAGAAACUGCCUUGAGGGAAGAGGCUGUGACUGUUCGUCAGGAGGUGGCAUCACUGCAGAGGAAACUGGAGAGCCAGGAGAAGGAAAGGAAGGAUCUUCUGCAUGAAUGGGACAGGCUGCAGGCAGAUAAAGAGAAACUAGAGUAUGAGAUAAAACUUCUGGAGGAAUCAGUCACAGCCUCUGAAACCCGAGCGAAUACAGCUGUAGACAAGAAUCACUCCCUUGAACAAGAACUCCAAACCGCGCUCUCCAUGUUAAAAAUUAAAAAUGAGGAAGUGCAAAACCAGGGGAAGAAAAUGGAGAUUCUUCAGAAAGAGGCAGCAGAGACCAAAGCUUUGCAGGAGCAUCUCACUCGUGUGACUGCUAUCCUGUCAGAGAGGGAGGGAGAAAUGAAGUUGUACCAAGAGCAGAUGAGAAUGUUGGAAAAGCAGAAAGAAAUGCAUAAAACUGCUCUUAAUCAGGUUAUCAAGGACAUAACAGAGAAAGAACAGAAGACAGAAUCCCAACAGGAACAGAUACAGGAGCUGGAGAAGCAGCAAGAAAAGCAAAGGAUUGUUUUAAGUAAAAUGAGCCAAGAGCUGGAAGAGAAGGACCAGGAGAUCAGAUCCCAGCAAGAACUGAUAAAGGAGCUGGAGAAGCAGUUAGAAUUGCAGAACUCUGCUGUCAGCAGGGUGAGCAAAGAACUGGAAGAGAGACACCAGGAGAUCAAAUUCCAGGAGGAGAAAAUAAUGAUUCUAGAACAGCAUGGUGCUAUACAAGUCAGAAAUCUGCUUGUGGAUCUUGAUGAUAUGAAAGGAAACCUGAAGGAGAAAAGGUUGGAGCUUCUUUCUCUGACUCAGCAGAUUCAAGAACUGGAAAAGGAGAGGGAAGAUGUGAAAUCUCUAUAUGCUAGCCUUGAACACCUGAGGACUGUUCUUAAGGAUAGAGAGAGUGAGUGUGACACUCAAAGGGAAGAGUUAAGGCUCUUGCAGCAGCACAAGGAACAGCAAGACGGGCAUCUGCAAGAGCUUCUUGGUAAAGUAGAAAUCAUGACACUUUCUUUAUCUAAAAAAGAUGAAGAGCUUGAGUCACAACAAAAGAAAAUGAAGGAAGUUGAAGAAGUCAUGCAAACGCAGUUAAAGACUGUCCGUGACCAGCUGGAGCAGACCUUAGCAACCUUAGAAGAAAAAGACAGACUUAUGGACAUCCAAAAGCAACAAACAAGGAGCUAUGAGGAAAAGACAGAAGAACAGAUGAAUGUCUUGCACAGAGACUUAGAGUACUCUAGGACAAUACUGAAAGAAAAGGAUUUAACAAUUGAAUCUCAGAAGGAACUGAUUGACACCUUCCAAAAACAAAAGCAAGACUCUGAACAGCAGAAGCAAAUUCUACAGUGUCUUCAAGUGGAACUAAAGGAAAAAGUGCAGGAAAUUUUGUCCCUUAGAAAGCAAUGUGAGGGAUGCAAAGAAAAGGAGGAAAAGUGUGAAGCUGAGCAAAGAAAUUUCCACACAAUAACACUGACUCUGAAAGAAAAAGAGGAAAAGAUUUGUGUUCUGGAGGAUGCCAUCACAAAGCUUCAAGAGCAGAAGGAAGAGACAGCAGUACAAACUAAAGCCAUACUGCAAAAACUAGAAUAUGCUGAAUCUUCUAUUGAAGCUAAAGAUCAAGAGUUAGUGUCUUUGCAAGAGCAUGUCCAGGACCUUCGAGAGCAGAAGGAGGUGGCAGGCAAGCAGGCCAAAAGUCUAGAGCAGGAUCUAGACAAAGCGAACCAGAUGUUGCAGAAGAACCAUUUGGAGUUCCUCAGGCAGACAGAGCAAAUUAACACAUUCCAUCAUCGUGAAGAAAGCAUGAAAGUAGCACUAACAUCAUGCCAGAAGCAAGUGACUUUGCUUGAGGAAGUGGUGAGGAAGAAAGAUGAAGACAAUGAUGUUCUUAGGCAAAAACUCCAGCACGUAGAAGAAGAACUGAAGACUUUGCAGAAUCUCCAGCUUAGGCUAGCUGAGAAGAAUGAAGAGGUUAGACAUGAUGGAGAGCAAGAGUUCCUGAAAGAAGCCUUCCCUGAGAGAGAAGGAGAGAUCAUGACUCAAAGUGAGCGAAAGCAGUCAGAAGAGGAAAUAAGAGCUCUUCAGGAAGAUCUCCAGCAUGUUCAGCAGAAUCUGACAAAGAAGGAUAAAGAGAUCAAGUACCAGACAGACAGAGUCAAGUAUUUAAAGAAGACUCUGAUAGAACGAGAACAAGAGCUUAGGAGGCAGAGUGAAGUCCUGAAAGAAUUAACACUGGCUUUGCAAUGGAAAGAUGAAGGAGAAACCCUAACAAAACAAAUCCAAAAACUCCAAAAAUGGGAGGAAGAGGAAGAACAGAAAAGGAAAAUUCUCCAGGAGAGAGACCAUCUCUUGCAAAGGCAGAAGGAAAUUACCCAACAAUUGGAAGCUGAGAGAGAAGCCAAUAGCGAAGAGUUGGAGUUUGUGGCUGCUGCUUUGAAGCAGAGAGAAAGCAGAGAACAUGAAUGGAGAGAGAAUGCGCAAGUCCUAAGUGCUGCACUGAGCAAGAGUGAAAUGGCCAAUGGGAAUCUGAAGAAAGAAAUAACCAUCCUGCAGAGAAUGGUUGCAGAGAGGGACACAGACCGAUUUCAUCUCCAGCAGGCUGUUGCUGAAGGGGAGCAGCUGUCAUGGCUCUCAGAGAAGAGACUCAUGUUGCAGAGCCUGGAAUGUCUGCAGCGAGCAAUUGCAAAGCUGGAAGAUGAAAAGGUGGAGCUCAAGCAACAAAACACUGAACUCAGGAGGACUCUUGAGCAGGUGGAGCACGAACGGAGGAGACUGAAGAGAUGUUUUAGGGGUCGGUUACUCCCAGAUGCCUCUGGAUUUUCUCUCUCUGAGUCUGAGCAGUACAAUUUUCCUACUUCUAGACAGGAGGAGUCUCAUGCUCACUGCAGCCAGCGCUUAGCUGAGUUGGCACCAGCUCAUGGAAUCUCCUUUCUGAAUGCCCAGCAGGCUGUUGCUGAAGGGGAGCAGCUGUCAUGGCUCUCAGAGAAGAGACUCAUGUUGCAGAGCCUGGAAUGUCUGCAGCGAGCAAUUGCAAAGCUGGAAGAUGAAAAGGUGGAGCUCAAGCAACAAAACACUGAACUCAGGAGGACUCUUGAGCAGGUGGAGCACGAACGGAGGAGACUGAAGAGAUGUUUUAGGGGUCGGUUACUCCCAGAUGCCUCUGGAUUUUCUCUCUCUGAGUCUGAGCAGUACAAUUUUCCUACUUCUAGACAGCAGGCUGUUGCUGAAGGGGAGCAGCUGUCAUGGCUCUCAGAGAAGAGACUCAUGUUGCAGAGCCUGGAAUGUCUGCAGCGAGCAAUUGCAAAGCUGGAAGAUGAAAAGGUGGAGCUCAAGCAACAAAACACUGAACUCAGGAGGACUCUUGAGCAGGUGGAGCACGAACGGAGGAGACUGAAGAGAUGUUUUAGGGGUCGGUUACUCCCAGAUGCCUCUGGAUUUUCUCUCUCUGAGUCUGAGCAGUACAAUUUUCCUACUUCUAGACAGGAGGAGUCUCAUGCUCACUGCAGCCAGCGCUUAGCUGAGUUACAGAACCAGGUGUCCCUGCUGCAGUCACAGCUGGCCCGAGACCGACAGCACCGGCAGAACUACAUUGAGAGCUGUUCAAGGACCAGCCAGGAGCUGUCAGACCUUCACCAGGAGCUGUCCUGCUCCUUUGCAGCUGUGCUCAAGGAGCCCAAAGCUGCUGUUCUGGAAGAAGAGACUCGGAAGCUGGAUCGGUCUCUGAGCCUUAACUCAGCACGGACAUCCCUGACCCAUCAGUCUCUGGAGAGAACCCCUGAGCAUUCAAGAACCAGACCUGCCAGAAGUGAUGAUGACCUGAGGUAACAGUACCUCUGGUCUCCAUUUGAAUGGAAGGAUUUCUGCUCAGAUAAGGAGCUCGUGGAUGUGAGAAAUGGGAUCAACUCUUCAGGGCAGGGCUUCUCCCUGCCUUUAGCAUCUGUUGGUCUCAUACCUUACGUUGAGGAUUAGGAUCUAUGAAGCCUUAUUUCAUGAAGUAGAUGACUUCUGGGGCCAAAAUGUGAAUAUGUGAAAACAACAAUAUAGGUAAGGAGAGAGAAUGAUGUGUGGAGAAGGAAGCCCAAACAAGAAAUGAAUAAUCCCUUAACAGUAAGACUUGUGGGUGACCUCUGUCCAAGGGCAGCAACUUAAAAUAAAAGGACACAAAGAGUGCGCUACAAACAGUUAAACUAACACAAGUUUGUGGUGUUUGCGUUUGCAAACAUCUCCUAGGAACAGACAUUUUAAUU